AGCGCGGUCACUUCAACAGGUAGAAUUUGAAACUUACCGACUACCAAGCAUUUCAGCCUUGAGGCCAAAAAUUUGAUUUCCUGGUCUUUUAGUUAAAUAAUUGGGGUUCUUUGGUAAUUUUGGUAUUAUUUAAAUAGAGAAAGUUGGAGAUUUAAAAAAAAAUCUUGAAAUACAAGGCAAAAUGAGUGAACAAGCAGAGACAGCAAUUCAAAUCUGGAAGAUUCGCCGCUUGGUAAAACAGUUGGUCAAUUGCCAUGGUAAUGGUACUUCAAUGAUUACGUUGAUUAUUCCUCCUCGUGAACAAAUUUCUCGAAUUAGCAGCAUGCUUGCCGAAGAAUAUGGUACCGCUUCAAACAUUAAGUCUCGUGUAAACAGACUUUCAGUUUUGUCUGCCAUUACUUCAACUCGUGAGCGUCUUAAGCUGUAUAAUAAGGUUCCUCCAAAUGGUUUGGUUAUCUAUUGUGGUGAAGUUAUGAUGGAAGGCAACAAGACCAGAAAGCUUAACAUUGACUUUGAACCCUUUAAGCCCAUUAAUACCUCCCAAUAUUUGUGUGACAACAAGUUCCAUACAGAAGCUCUUGCUGAAUUGUUGGAGACUGACCAACGCUUUGGUUUCAUCGUUAUGGAUGGUCAUCAAACUCUUUACGGUAUGGUUUCUGGUAGUGCCCGUGAAGUUCUUCAAAAGUUUACCGUUGAUUUGCCAAAGAAGCACGGUCGUGGUGGUCAAUCAGCUCUUCGUUUCGCCCGUCUUCGUGAAGAGAAGCGCCAUAACUAUGUUCGUAAGGUCGCUGAAAAUGCUGUUCAGCACUUUAUUACAGAAGACAAGGCAAACGUUGCCGGUCUAAUUCUUGCCGGUUCAGCUGACUUCAAGACUGAACUUGGUCAAAGUGACUUGUUUGACCAAAGACUUCAAAGCAAAAUCAUCAGAACCGUUGACGUUUCCUACGGUGGUGAAGCUGGUUUCAACCAAGCCAUUGAAUUGUCUGCUGAUACCCUAGCCAACGUUAAGUUCGUCCAAGAAAAGAAGAUAAUUCAAAAAUUCUUUGACGAAAUCAGUUUAGACACUGGCAAGUAUUGUUUUGGUGUCGUUGAUACUAUGAAUGCUUUACAAGAAGGUGCUGUUGAAAUGCUUCUCAUCUAUGCGGACCUCGACAUGACUCGCUAUGAGUUCAGAAAUUCCGAGGGCAAUACCGUUGUUAAUUAUAUGACAAAAGAACAAGAGGAAGGUGAUAAGACGAACUCUUACUUACUUGACAAGGAAACUGGUGCUGAAAUGGAAUUGGUGAAUACCAUGGCCUUGUCUGAAUGGCUCGCCGAACACUACAAGGAUUAUGGUGCAAACUUGGAAUUCGUUUCUGACCGUUCUCAAGAGGGUAUGCAGUUCGUUAAGGGUUUCGGCGGUAUCGGUGCCAUCAUGCGUUACCAACUUGAUCUUGCUAUGCUUGAUCCAGAGUCUGAUGAAUUUUAUUCUGAUUCUGAGUAAAGAUAAAUCUGAUAAUGAAUUAGAUUUCCUUUUGUAUUUCCUAUCCUUUUCCCAUACUUAUUCGUCCUUAAAUACAUUCUUUUUCAUUCGAAAGGUUUCAAAGGUGCUAUCUAUUUGUGGGCUCUGGCAAUUGCAAGGUUUUUCGGUCAAAAUUUCGCAAUAGUAUCGAUUCAGUGUACCAUAUUCUUGGUUUCUUUUCACUAUUAGUUGAUUACUGUUGUAUUGUUGAUAUCGUAUGUUUGAAAGCGUCUUAUUGUAUCUUCUGCUCAUUUCUGCUGUUGAAUGCAUACAGGUUUCUAUCAAUGUUGUGCCAAUGUCUGAGCAUGUCAAUAAUCUAGAGUGUCUUUUUAAUAUUAAUUGCAAAUAAAUCCAUAGUCAAACAAUCUUUACAAUAGCUUACUAGUACUUAUUUUAUUCUCCAUGGAAUUACGAAGCGCA